UCCACUGCACCACCACAUCCCCCUCCUUUUGGGCAUCAUUUUCUUUCUUAUCCAUGAUGCAUGUAUGAUAUUUUUUUUGUUGAAAUGGAAGCCCCUGUACUGUAUGUAUUGCUACAAAGUGGUCAUCGUUUCGUAAUUGGUCAAUAUCGGGCUCUCUGAGGGCUGAGGCAUUCAUGGGUGUUGGUUUCCUGGCCUGUAUGGUGUUUCCUCUCAUGUAUUUCUGUUCGCAGUGAGUUGCCUCCGCUGGAGAGAAUGUUGAAAAGUGCGUCAGAGGCUCCGGGAUGUGUCCUCUAGCGGCAGUUCCAUGUCUUGCCAGGAUCAGUGAGAAGGAAACAUGGGGAAGUUGCAGAGUAAGAUCCGGCGUCGUUCCGACUUGUACAGGGCCACCAAGGGGGAAGCUUUGGAAUGUGGCCCUGUCACUCAAGUCAUUGAGUACGAUCCCGCCCACACCGAUGCCAUCAACUGCGUUACCACCUUGAACUCUGACCUCUGCGUCUCCGGGGGAAGUGACCAGGCUGUGGUCGUGUACGACUGGAGAGCUGGCAAGCUGGCCCAAGCUUUCCACGGUCACAACAGAGAAGUGACGAAGGUGAAGUGUAUCCCUGGCGGCACUCGGAUAUUAAGCGCAUCCAGAGAUAAGACUGUGCUGAUGUGGGACGUGAACCGUGGUGCUGAAGCCGUGCAGGAGUUCUGUGGGCACGAGCUGGUUGUCAAUGGACUUGCCAUUAGUCCAGAUGGUUUGCAGGUGUGCACAGGUUCCCGGGACAACUCCAUGUGCUUGUGGGACAUCGAGUCUGGGGAAUGCCUUCAGAGGAAGACCAUCUCGCGUAACCUGGUCACUCAUGUUUGUUGGGUACCAGGGACUCACUCUAUUGUCCAGACAUCCGAAGACAAAGCCAUCAGGGUUUGGGACAGUCGCACCUGGCAGGUCACCAACACCUUCCCUGCAAAGCAGUACAUUCAGACCUACUGCGACGUGAGCGCCAGCUCCAACUACCUCCUGUCUAGCAGCAAUGGCUUUGGAGGCCAGGGCUGCGAAGCCACGCUGUGGGACCUCAGGCAGCCAGGCUGUAAGGUGGUUGAAUAUCGGGGUCACCUGCAGACCACGGCCUGCUGCGUUUUCCUGCCUCCCUCACCUGGGGCUCAGCCUACGGUGGCCACCUCGUCUCAUGACGGUUCCGUCAAGAUCUGGGACCAGAACACCGCAGCUUGCUUGUGUACGCUGACUCUGGACGGCUCAGGACCACUGGUUUCGCUGGCCCCGUGUGAUGUCGACAGUCUGCUGUGUGCCAGCUUCAAAACGGGGAUGCAUGUGCUGAAUUUGGCCCACGGAGCUCAAGUAGAGCUCAAAGAGGUGGCUAGAUUCUGAAACGCUGCAAAAAAGCUUCAUCUGCAUCAGGGUAGGCCAAGAUUGCAGGAUGAACUCGCUGGGCAAUAAUCCUCCAACAGGUUUGGACUUGACCCGCAUGGGACUUCAGCAGUUGCUGCAAACGUGACCAGAGGCAACCACUGUGCUUUCAGUAUAGCUGUGCACUCGGUCCCUGUCGGCACCGCCAGGAAGUUCCGACCUCACGCUUUAGGCAAGAACAGCAAGAUCGCUCUGGACAAUGCAUGAGCUGCACUUGGGUGGUGCAGCGUCGACUAUGCAAAGCUGUUGUGCGAAGACACAUGAACAACAUCCAAAGAAACGAUUUAGAUUUUGCAGGGACUGGUGUGGGAGUUGUCCAUACAUGGAUGUGAUAAAGUAAAUAAACAAGGAAUGAAUUACUCACUCAGGGAUACCCCAAGAAGCUGUAUUCUGUCUGAGCAAAGUCAUCUUGUCAGUUAGCAGAGCACUAAUUGUCUGAGGUCAGUAUGAAAAUAACGAUUAAUAACGAUUGGCUUUUUACAGAAAAGAACUUGAAGAAAUCAUUUCAGCGGAUGCUUUCUGAAGCAGUUUUGCAUCGCCCCCUCUACUUGUGAAUUUGCAAAACUUCAGAUUCUGUACCUUUCUUGGGGGUGAAGCAGCACAACUCAGCCUAGGCUUUAUUUCAUAAGUGUAGAUGUUUAACCACCGUCCUAUGCGGUACGUCUGGAGUGAGGUUAAUUUUGAAAGUCCACAUACUGUUGUGAAUACCGCUGUAAGGCAGUUUUCAUGUUUCACACACAAUUUAUUAUGUAGCAAGUAAUGUGGUUUGUUUAUUCAUUUAGCAUCAGCUAAAGUAUGCAAG